AUGCCAUCAGCAGACUUGUACCCUCAGACCUCUACCGUCCAUUACGAGGGAUGGCUGCCUCACAGUAAAAAUACUUAUGAGAAAUUCUUCCACCAUCUGAACAAGAAAGCUGCUGCGCGUCGCAAGGCAGGGUCCGCUCAUAUUCGGGCGGUGGACGAUUUCGAAAAUGCCAUCAACGCCGAACCCGAGAUGGUCGAACUGUUCCAGCAGAUCUUUCUCCAGGCCGCUCCUCAGAACCAUAUCGACGACUUCGAAUCCCUGCUCCAUUGCCUCGACACAAUUCUUGUCCAACCCCCCAGCUUCAUCGAUAACGACAUUGGGCAGCCUAUCGGGGUCCCUGUCUACAUUGUCUUUGACCUGCUGAGCAAUACCGCCGCAGCUUACGAGCUCUUUCGAAAGCCCGAAUUCAACACCGCCUGCAAGGAUCUACUCGAUAGUUGGGGCACAUUUCUUAAGUCCUCCGACUCAAACACUACGCUUACCGACCAGGAAGGGGGCUGGUUCAGCAUCGAUGGCCUAAAGAGGCUGGAGGACAAGGGUCGCGGCGACUUCAACUCGACAUACGUAUGCCCAAAACCGAACCAAGUCGAUCGUGGAUACAAGUCCUGGAACGAUUUCUUCACUCGCGAGCUCCAGGAUGACGUCCGCCCCAUCCUCUCCGACGGGAACCCGGACAAUAUCUUCAGCGCAUGCGAGUCCGCGGUGCUUCGCCUCGACCGUAAAGUCAAAGCCCACGAUCAGUUUUGGCUCAAGUCCCAGAAGUACUCUCUCUACGAUAUGCUCAAUCGUGAUGAAAGAGCCGCAGAGUACUUCACCGGUGGGACCGUCUAUCAGGCGUUCCUCAGCCCCUACGACUACCAUCGCUGGCGCGCUCCCGUCUCCGGCACUAUCGUGAAGGCCGAGGUGAUCCAAGGCACCUACUGCGCCGUUAUUCCCGACGGAGGUGCAGAGGAGGGCGAUCCGGAUUUCGAGCCAGGUGCCCCGUACGGCGCCCUCAUCCGUUCUCAAGCUUGGCUUACCCAGUCGGCCACUCGUGCAAUCAUUUUCAUCGAGGCUGAUAAUCCAAAGGUUGGUACGGUCGGUUUCAUCGGCGUUGGAAUGGUCGAGGUUUCGACAUGUGUCUUGUCGGUGGAGAGGGGACAGCGGGUCCGGCAGGGCGAGGAGAUUGGGAUGUUCCAGUUCGGUGGAUCCACGCACGUCCUGCUCUUCGCUCCCCAAGUCAACAUCACGUUCGUCGAUGAUGUCGAGAAGGAUGGGGUCCUCAACGUCAACAACCACAUCAAGGUCCGAUCCCUGCUUGCUCAGGUCAAUUGA